UUUGUCUUUGUCACUUUUUACAGUUUUGGUUAAACUUUAUAGAUCGUAUCAAUUUGCCGCGUUUUGAUUGCUGUGCACUCAAUAACGAAGAUAAACGGCCAGUGUUAAGGCGAACGAAUCGAAAGAGCCCUAAAUGCGAAUUGAACGGUGAAUGCAACACCUUCGCAAGAAUGGUAGGCUACAAAAAGUCUUAGGUUGGUCUUGAAUUCCGCCACUACUGAGUCAUAAACAGAAGGCGGUGAUUGCUAUUUGACAGUUCUCUGUGGCACUAUGUUAUUCUGAUUUCUGAUGGAUAAAAUCGCAUUUUAACGUCGACAUGAGCGACACGCUUUUGGAAACUAUUUGCAUCAAUGGCACACGGCCACCCUACAAGAGACCAGCCUGGGUUAUUGGCCAAGUUGGAAGUGAGGAGCUUCAGAACAGACGAGCUCAAACUGCUACCUCACGAGAGAGACAAAAUCCCUCGUCUCACGACAAAAGAAGACCUAAGUGAGUAACUAGAAUUCAUAAUUUUUGUUGCAAAGUAAUAGCUGCAACUGUAAGCGCGCCUAGCCUUCUGAAUUCCGUUGUUUAUUAAUUAUAGCACCGGUGAUUGUGUUUACGGUGUUUACUAAACAUGCAAAGAUUAUUUUCUAAUCAAUCUCUAUUGAUAUGGCAUGCGGUGGGCUAUGUGUACGGUGUUGCUUCCCAAAAGCGUUACAUAGGCCAAGUGCACCGUUUCGGUGCACUGUGCACUGCACCGAAUUCGGUGCACUAGUGCACCGAAUUUAGUGGAAAAGUGCACCGAACUCGGAGCACCAAGUGCACCGAAUUCGGUGCACUAGUGCACCGAGUUCGGUGCACUAAUUCUCAGUCUCUAGAACGCUAGUCACAUCGUGUUUUGUUUUUAACUUUUGGACAAUGUUGUUUAAUCAGCUCUGAUCAGCUUCCCAAAGACGUGAUUUUACGCAUUUUUAGUUUUAUUUCGUUUCAUCUCAUUCGAAGAACCAUCUCUCUUGUUUGCAAAAAGUGGAGCAGGAUUUCUGAAGAUCCGUCGAUUGUGAGAAAGGUUCCCAUCGAAAAUUUUGAGUCAAUUCGAUUGCAUGAAUCUCUUACCUUCACGCAGCUGAAGAAUGUCGUCGAAAGUUAUCUGGGUUCGCACAGCAGACAUCAAACUAAAACAAACACGUUUUGCUCGCAGACGAGUUUAUACCGUAUCGGCUUUAAAGUUGGGCUUCCGUUGGGAUUUCACUGUCCAAACACCAGUAAUUCUUCUGAAAAAUAUCUUUGAAUUCAUGUUUAAUACGGCUCGAUCAACUUUAUACAGGUAGUGCUGGCGGAAGUUGUAGGGGAAAGGGUUUAAUAAUAUAUUUUCCACAUCCGCGUUUGCGUGUUCCACGUGGCCUAGUGGUAACGAAAGCAGGCUCGGCGCGUCAAAGGUGCCGAGUCCGAAUCCGCCGAGAAUAACUUUUUCUCAUCGCUUCUUUGCCUUUUUUUUCUAUUUCUUUUCGUUUAGUUUUCUUUUUAGUUAUUGCAGUUUUGUUAUGUUUCUUUAUAUAGCUUAAGAUUUUUAGAUUUAUAAAUUUUCUUCUCUAUUGUCUCAUCUUGCCAUUCCCCCGAAGUCCUUCGCGAGGUCCUGCGAUUUACGUAUUUCUAGUAAACAAAUCGAAAAUGUGUUGUAUGAAAUGGUGAACCAAAGUGCACUGUUUUGGUGCACUAGUUCACUUGCUAUUUAGUAUUCGGUGCACUAGUGCACUGAAAUACUAAUAACAGUGCACUUUGGUGCACCAGUGCACCGAAAAAGUGCACUUUGGUGCACUAGUGCACCGAAAAAGUGCACCGUAGUACUUCUCGGGAUAUGGCCGCCUUGGACAUGCCAUUCAGACAGAGUAAAAUACACUCGUUUUGUACGGUGAGAAAAAAAUUAGGUAAAUGGCUUAAAGAAAAAUAUUCUUUGGUCAUUGUGCAUCUUGAAAAGACAUUUUCUUGCGUGACAACGGGUAAACAAUAUCCUGCACGACGGAUUUUGUAGCAAACAUUCGUUUCUGUGUUAGCCAUGUUGGACAACGGUAAGUCAUCAUUUUUCAUGCUAAGAACAUGUCUAAAAUUUUCGUAAUCUGCUGGAAAAAAUGGGAAACAAGUGUUUGUUUUAUGUGCAAGUCGGACUGAGUAAAAAACCGGACAAAGUUUGGCUGUAAGUUGCUCGGUGCACAACAUUUUACAUUUCAGCGCCGUUAAUGUAACGCUUGAGAUGUCAACACACAAGUGAAUUCGCGUUAUAAUUUUGGAGUUAUGCCAUUCCUACCUCUAUAAAUGCCACUAAAGUUUAGUAAACAUUGCAAUUAUACUAGUGUUGUAAUUUCAUAAGAAUUGGUUGGAGCGUUAAUUCAUAAUCAUGCAAAAAGUAUCCUGAUUCACUCGAACUUUGGUUUGUAAGCGAACACCGUACACAUAGCCGGUGAUCAUACAAUUUGAAACAAGACUUGUUGAGAAAUGUUAGGUAGAAUUUUUAGAUGGUUUUUUAUUACAUGUUGUGGUCCGAUUUUGUCCUUUUACAUAAUUUCCUCCUUUCUUGUUGGGUAUACCAAUGCAUGGUAAAUGAAGUUGAAUACGUAUGUAGGGGUGGCGAAUGGUAAAAUGCGAGACACGCCGAGAUCCUAGUUAGAAAUCCGUGCCCGAGACUCUUUGGUAAAAAGUUUCGAGACUCAAAAAAAGUAAAAACAGACCAUGCAAAAACGAGACUUCAAGACUUAUCAAAAAUGCUUCCGAGAUUUCAAGAUCCUGCCAAAAUUUUCCAAGCUACUCACGUUUUUUGUGGUACCAUUCGCCACCCCUGAAUGUGCAUCACGCAUGAUCAUACUACAGUCAACUCCCUCUAAGACGGACACCUUUGGGACCGGCAGUAACUGUCUGUCGUAGAGAGAUGUCCGUCUUAUAGAGAGUCAAAUAAAGGGAGUAAAGAAAGGUAUAGGGACCAACUCUAGGUGUUUGUUUUAGGGAGGUGUCCGUCUUAUAGAGGUGUCUGUUAAGAGAGAGUUGACUGUAUAUUGCCUUGGCCUCUGUCACCUGGUCCCAGUUGUUCAAAAGGUGGAUAAUGCUAUCCAUUGGAUAAUUCUUUAUUCACUGGAUAGUGCAAAUUCAUUUCCCUGGAUGGUGAUACCUAACAACUAGGGCCUUUCUUCUUUCUUAGGUAAAGAGUCAGGUGUGCCAUUAAUUUAUUUACCAUGAUGAAACAAUUGGCUAAAACAAUCCCCAGAAGGCCUUAAUAAUUAUAGUUUCUGGAUACUCAAUGUUUGGCUUGCUGUUCAGUGGUUCAAAGUUCCUUUCUUUAUUGCAAAAUUCUAAAAUUUUAAGCUUUCUUUAGAUCAACACCCUGCAGACUGAAUGUCAGUUUUAAUGAUUCUCAAAGACCAAGGUUAGUUGGAGUUACUACAUACAGUGUAUCAGUGAAGAACUACUUUUAAUAAAUAAUUAUUAACAAUGAUUGCCUGAACCUAUACAGGGUGGCAAAGGGGUCCAUGGGGGAAAGUACAUAUCAUGCAUCAUGCUGACUUUUUUAGACCAUCAUGCAUAGUUGAAAAAAAAAAUUAGCCAUUACACAUCACAUCAAUUUUAUUGCAAUAAAAAAAUAAGUCUCAACCCAAUGAUUUUCACCAAUCACGGAAGUCCAGAAGAAAAAUCACACAUCACACAUUAUGAAAAUAGUAAUCACGCCUCACGCAGCUUAUUUGGACCCGAUCAAGUAUGUUGCUGAUAAUUUGGGAUGGGCUGUCAUCAAACGUCACGGGAAACUCCUUAUGCCACCCUCCCUGUGCUUCACUCAAAAUAAACUGAAUUAUGUAAAAAUGACUUCCUUUUGUUUCUGUUUUUUUUGUUCAAGACCCGUCACAUCUACCAUAAAUUUCUUUACAAUAUGCUAAACCUACCUGUAAGUUGUAAAUUCUGUUGUGUUUCUGGGGUAUUGCACCUGUAAAAUGUAUUUUUGGCAAUUCUUAGAUGUUCCAGGUGGAGACAGGUGUACAGUGCAAGAAACAGAGUUUCACUUGACGACCCUUACAAUGAUGUAAGUUCUGAGAGUGUAAACAUUUUCAUCAUUUUUUUAAGUGGACUUUUAAGUCUCGACAGGCUGGGGCUAUGACAUCAUACAGUAUGAGCAUGGAUGAAAUAGAUUUUAAGUCAAUAUCACAAUAAUGAUAAUCAAGAGGUUUAUGAUGCAAGUGCACGUUAGUGUUUCAUUAUUUAAGCCAAGGGGUUCUGUUCCCAUAAUUUUAUUUAUUUAGCCACAGAACCAAGUGGUAGAAGGCCAUUGACUCCAUUAGUGCUCAUCCACCCUGCCUUCAACAGUCUUUUGUUAGAUUUGCCCACUACAGGUGGCAUUUAGAGGUGUGAAUAAAAGGUCCCGUAACUCAAUUCCUAUUAACCUAUAUUAAACACCUUCUACACUGCAGCCACACCCGCACCAGUUCUCCUGCAAACGUAACCCAGCAUAUGAAAUCUACUCACUGCAAUCUGCUGCUGCUGCAUGAGUGACUGACCAGUUUUUCCACUUACAAAUACAUUGAUAUGACCUCGUAAGACAUUUUGCACCAUUUAAUUCCCCAUUUAUGUUUACACCCAACUUUCAGGAGGCUGUUUCUAAGCUACUGUAAACUCUUCAGUGUAAAAAUUGAUUGAGCUCUUUCAUUGUUAUUUCAUCAGGAUAGUAUGAUGAUAACUUUAGCCCCUGGAUAUGUCUUGUCCAGAAACAAAGAAAAGAUUAAUGUAACCAUAACAGAUGAAUUCUUCAAAGAAGGUUCCACUAAGGUAGGGUUGGCCCCACCAACUUUUUAAUACCCUUUAAUAUGUAUACGCGGUGUAAGUUUUGACAAUUUACAUGUGUUGUAUUUCCUCGAAUAAUAGCCGCCCCUCAAUGAAUCGCCUCCCUCAAAUAAUCACCUCCCUUUACGGAAAAAUUUAAAAUAAUCGCCUCCCUCAAUUAAUUGCCCCCCCCCCUCCCCACCCCUUCCCUUCUUUGUUACUCCCUCCCUGUCAAGGUCAAAUGGCACCUAGGAUAACAAACAAUUAGCUUUCAUUUACUGAUUGUUUACAACCAAAUUGUUACAAAACUGAUCAGUGAACUCAUCCUCUGACACUGAAGAUAUUGAAAUUGAAAAUUAGUCAAGGAAACAAGUAAGUAAUGAUAAGAUAAGUAAUGGGAUAAAGCAAAAUAUUUAGUGCACAACUUUCAGUGAGCAAUACAAUCAUGUAUUUGAAAUAAUCACCCUCCUCAAAUAAUCGUUCCCCUUUGGCGCAAAAAAAAUUAAUAAUCGCCCCAGGCUAUUGUUAGAAGAAAUACUGUAUAAUUUAUCGAUUUAUGGUGUAUAAUAAUAUUUAUUAUAGGUGUAUACAGUAAUAGUAUCAUAGUAAUUUAUUGACUCUUGUCAAAUAUUUUCUUUUCAGCCAAAAACAAGGAAAAAGUGAGUCCUUGAAAAUACUUAAGCUUCUUUUUUUAACUAGAAUUUUUUAAAUUAAAGUCUUCUUCUAUCAUAAUAAUUACAUGUAAUUAUAUAAUUUUAAAAAUAUUUUUACAGUUUAAUAAUGUAAAUUCUAUAAUAUUGAAUGAUUGCUUUAUAUUUAUUUUAAUGGUUUAAAUGAAACUUUUAUUGAAAGAAAAAAAAAAUGAAACAGCUUGUAUAAAUUAUGUUGAAGAAUUGAUAUAUAUAUAGGGUCUGCCCAAAAUUAUAACACUUGUUCCUCAAGGGGGUUGGUGCAAAUGAGAAAAUGUGCUGUUAAUUCGAUUAAUCACUCAAGAACAACAACAGCUGCUUAUGGUAAAAAAUUACUAAUUUAAACUAAGCUAAUCAAUAGCUUACAUAAAAAUAGUUUUCAAGUGAAGUGCUACCAUUAUCAUCCUGUGAUUUGCCCAUUAAAAUGUGACAUUUUAAUAUUGAUCGACGUGUUUAUAAUUUUUUUGCAGAUCCCAGCCUCUUGAUGAAAAGUAAGUAGACAGUGCAGCUGUGGCAUUAUGAAGGAUUUGUGACUGUUAAGCAUCUUAUUGUCACCUAUUUGAUUUACUCUACAAUGCAGCCACAUUAUAUUUCAAAUUUCACAUGUCACUGUCAGUCAUAUAACAAUAAAUUGUGUUUCAAAUUUUUAUAACUUCUGAGUUACUAAAAUGGCUCUCUUGAAACGUAUAAAUUAAACACAUCUUUCUACCCAAGACUAAAGUUAUAAUACCCUCUUUUUAAGGUCCCUGUAUUUGGUAAUUUCCUUUCAAUUGUUAUAAUUAAUUUCAUUUGAUUUCUACUAAAUUAGGGACAUAGUCAUUCAACAACUUCAUCAGCAGAUUGAUGACUUGACACUGUUUCUAGAAGAAGAGAGACUGAAUCACAAAUUCAACCUAAGGAAGGUACAAUUGUUACUUAUCAUGUCUUCUGAUGCAUGGAGCUUAAGAACUGAUGUGGUUUAAUAGUGGUUAUGUUGCUAGUCUUUAAAUUAUUUAUUGACAAUUAUUUAAUAGACAAUAAUUUGAUAGCUGGAUCUCUUGGAUACCAGUGUUUUUGUUACAAAUAGUGUUGGUGAUUCUUGGGACUGAUCAUCUUGUGAAAAAUCAUGAGUCCCUGUCCAUAACCAAUUAGUCCCAGUUCUAAAAAACAAUUAAGGAGUCCUAAAUUGAAAAUGCUUGGGUCAUUUUAUAACCAGACAGUUAAUCUGCCCUUCAGCUAUAUGUUUAAAGCACAAAGAAGACUAAAAUAAAUAUGCAUCUUUAAAAAAUAGCUGCAGAAAUCACACAGGCAGGAUAUUCUGCCAAAAACCCUUCAAAUCGAUAGAUCAUUCUUUGCAUCUUAGGGGACACAUGCCAUGAAUUAUUUUGUGUUUUGGAGGAUUUUUAUGCGUCAGGGAUGCAGGACGCAGCCAGUAACAAAAUCACUGUGAUUCUGUUGUGAAUUUACCUUAUGCUAACAUUUCCAGGCUGAAGAAGACCAUCAAGUGCAUAUUGAACAGAUUACUGAGGAACAUAGAGAACAUAUCAAGUGGGUUGUGUGCAUACACACAUAAUUUAUUUUAACCACAGUAUUAUAUUAGAUACCCUUUCUCCCAAACUGUGCCCUGUGAGUCAGCUCUCCAAACAGGGAGGUGACGGGGGGUUGGGGAUUGGACAGGGAGCUAGGAGUGAUGCCCCUUUAUCUCCCCCAGCCCACUCGUAUAAUGACAGAAUAUUGUCCCUCUCUUCAAAUGAGAUGUUCGAGAUCUCCUAGUCACAUGAUAAAUGUACCUUCUAUAAGAUUAUAGAUCUUACUGUUUACAAUUUUCGAUUGCUUUUCUUAAACAGCUUUCAAUUUUCCUUUCUAAAGUUGAGAGUUCUAGGUCCUAGGGUGUGGCAGUGAUCAUUUUAAAAUAUUGUACUUGACAACAGCUGUUGGGAUAGCACUUAACUCCUUUCACUUUUUUCUCUGCAUCAUCCAAAGUAGUUAUGUAAUAAUUAUUAAAAAAUACUUUUACAUAAACAGAAACUAUUGUGAUUUCUUGAUUUUGAAUUAUUGUUACGUGUUUUUAAGUCUUUUCGGUGGUCCUAUUGCAGGUCAGUUGAGGAUGAUCAUGAUGAAGAAAUCGAGAAGUUGAAAAACUCUUUCGACCAGCAGGUAAAAUAUUUCACCUCAUUUUAUUAACUUUAAAUACGUGGUUGAUUUCGUGCGUUACGGUAGCUUUUGUCCUAUUUUUUACGUUAUUUUUUGUCACUGUAAGACUCUUUUUCUUUCACAGUUUCAGAAUUUAAUAAAUUAAUCAGUGCCGUGUUUUUGUAUAUAUUAUAAAAUAAGAUAUUAAUUCUAUACCACAAAAUAAUUACCUAAUCUUUAAUUCGUAAUGUCAUUGUUGCUUGAGUUUAAGCUUACGAGCUUAUAUUCUCCGAUUGAGCAAAUACCUCCCGAACUCCUGCUUUUUAAAACCAUUGGUACUGUUUUAGUUCUACUUGAUGAAAAGGGCUUUGUCGUGGACGUCUUGGCUCUCUUGUCAGUCUGUCUUGUUCAUUCUCCAGUGAAUGAAACAAUCACAGCUUCUUCUCAAACAAAUUUGUCUCCCAAGAAUAUCAAACGUUACGAAGAAGUUUUAUUAAAACCACAAUUGCAACCCUUUCUUUUCUUUAUAACAUUCUUCACCUUCUUUAUACCUACACAUUCAUGUACCUACACUGUACGUACCGUACGCACAUUUGUGCGUACAUGUAUUUGCUGGGAUUUAUGUUGCCCUCCUUUAGAACAAUUUUAUCUCAAAAGAUACUUUUAUCGGUAAAACAGCUUCAUGAAGAAAGAAGAACCGCAGAAGUUGAGAAAUGUAAGUAAGCUUUAAAACGUUUAGGAAUAAGACUUAACGAUAAACGUGAUACAGAUAACACGGCCUCAGGAAUUGUAAACUAAAUUUUCUCCGCUUUCAAUAUGUUAGAAUAUAAUUAUACUGUACUAGCCCAUACUUAUUGCUCUCACAAUAUGUAAGCUUUAUUUUAGUGAAAGUUUCGCGUGAACAAUGGCGAAUGCAAUGGAAUGCAUGCUUGUACGCUUAUCUAAGCGUUUUAUUUAACCACAAUAACAUUAACGUACCUGUCUCGCGGUUUUUCCAGCUGGUCUCCAAGGAGAAAUGGAAUGCCUUCAAGGAGCAUUUGAAGCUUACAAGGUGAAUAUUUUUAUAAGUAGUAGCGGAGGUAAAGAAUUGUCUUCGCCACAGCCAAAUCCAAAGAUGCACACAAAGAUGCACUACCACGAAAAUGUUCUAUCACCACAUGUUGCUUCGUUUUGGCGGGAAGAUCUGACGUGGGUACACAUGGUUAAGAUGUUCGGUCUUCAGUAGGCUUUUUGGCAAGCCUGCCUUGACACAGACGUUUUUUGGUGUGUUUUCAUUCGUGUUUUGAAGAAUGAACAGCUGAACCGAGGCCGAACGAGAAAACGAUGGGGAAGUGGGCGAGAACAAAUAAGGCAGAGCCUUCUCGUCGUUUGAUUUCGGUUCAGCCUUCGCGCGGCUUUAUUCCUUGACUUUACGAAACACAAUGGAGAAAACACACCAAAAAACCCGCUUGAUCAAAAACCAUCGUUCUCUCGUUUGACCUCGGUUAAGCUUGGCGUGGCUCUAUCUCUUUUACGAAUCACAAAACAAAAAACACGCCAAAAAGAGCGCCAGUCGCUUAGGUUAAAAACGGCGGGAACUACGAAGCGUUGUUUCAUGUUAACUGCGCAUGUAUUUCUUUCUUGGCUAGUAUUUUUUGGCGAUUGCUCAUCAUUUAUCGUUGCCUGAUUUGUUUAAUACCUUACAUUUAAAUUUCUGAGUGGCUGAGAAUAUAACUAAGGAAGUCAGUCAGUGUGGUUUUAAGGGAACCUAAGAAGUGCUUGUACAAGGCAAGCUAGAGUACGCCUUAAUCUACAUUACAGUAAUUCCGACCCCCUGACAUCCUAGACUACAAGUAGUCCCCCAUUUGUCCUCAGGGAUGGUAGAGCGAGCGAAACGCGAGCGCGCGGGAAAAUCACCCCACCGCGUGAAAAUCUCCCCACCGCGUCUCGCCUUUCUCGCGUGGGGUGAUUUUCACGCGCGCUCGCGUUUCGCUUGCUCUAUUAUCCCUGAGGACAAAUGGGGGACUACUCGUAGUCUACUGAAAUCCAGUUUACAUUAGGUUUUUUUUUUUCACCAGGAAACUGUAGCAGUGGAAAUGGAUUUUAAAUGGCAGAGAAGAGUGGUAAGAUAUGAAAGGGAACUUUUUAGAACACACCCCCGGCCCUUCAACUAUCCCCCACCAGGGAUUUUUUUCUCCUCAGUCUUCUUGGUGCACUUUGAAGUUCGAGGUUGGAAGCAAGGAAAAGCAAGGCUGAUUUUACAGUAAGGAAUACCACAGCCAAUAUUUUCGAAAGACACGACCUUCAGUUCUCUCCAGGGUCUUACAAAGAGCUAUGUACGGCUAGCUAAGACUUAAGACCGAUCACGUCUUAGCUCGUUUAUUUAUCUUUGUAGUAGUCAUUUCUAAGACCCUGAAGAAGAAAGGAUUGGACACGCCUUUCGAAAUAUUAGUAGUUUUUCCUCACUGUAAAAUCAGCCUUGCUUCUUGUUGUUGUUUAUAGUUUUUAUAGCUGAUUAGAUUCUGGUUCUUCUACAGUUGGUCGCGAUUGUUGCUUCCAAAACUGAACCUCCCGAGUCUCGUAGCCUUCUACCUUGAGUAUCUUGCUAUUGGAGCAUUUUCUAGCAACCAAAUAGAAGUGUUAAACGGAAUUAUUGUUUACCAUUUACAUAGUCAAGCUGCUCAGUUCAUGGUUUAAACAAAGAAUAAACGAAACUCAGGACUGGUUAAUAGGCCAUUUCCGAGUUCCCCCAGGCCUCUGUAUCAAAUCGAGGUUAAAUGCUCAGUCUUUGAUAUGGAAAUGAUUUUUCAUUCUCAUGCGAAUAAAACUCAUUUUCUCAAGAAAGGUUGUGCACUUGGCCUCAUUUUGAAAGUGAGGGAUUUUGGAACUCGGAAGUGCGCUAUUUCGUUUGGGAAUCAGCGCUUACGUUUGCAUAUAGUACAGACCAGUCCCACUUACCGAAGAACGGCCGCAAAAGCCUGAAACUGGUAUCAUGAUGAGUUUUAAUGAGUAGAACGCGAAUUCCCAUUUCCAACCUUUCGAUCGGAAAAACAGGACUACCUUACUAAACGUUUCUUUUCCACUGGGACGACCCAAAACGUCUUGUGCCAUUAACUUUCCAUGCGGACGUUUUCCAGAACCCUUUUGUAAUAAUGUUAAACCUCGUCGUGUCCUAAUCGUGUUAGCCUGUUCACAGACCCUCCGCUAUUUUCUCUUCAAAGUUCCUCGAGCGCGGGUGAUGAAAUAUAUACCGCAGGGGAUUUAUUGACCGCCAGCGCAAGGGGUAGUGGUGGGGGAAGAAGAAAAUAGAAUAGUUUAUUUUUCUUUCUCGCGCUCCCCGCUCUUUCUCGCGGGCUUGCUUCGCUCACGAGCUCGCCGAUGUUUGAAAGAACGAAAAGAAAAAUAAAACAACGUCUGUCUACAGGCUACUAUGGUGUAAAGUUAUGUACAUUACUGAUACGAAGAGAAAACAUUCUAAAUUUAGAAACCAACAUUCUAAAUUUAGAAACCAACCUAAAUGUAGAACUAGAUAAGGUGAGCCAGUGGUUAUUUGCUAACAAAUUAUCACUGAACAUUGAAAAAACUAGCUUUGUGGUAUUCCAUUCUCCGCAAAGACGAAUAGCUCAUAAGUUGAAUCUUAAUAUCUCAAAUAUGUCUGUUAAAUCUGAUAACCAAGUUAAAUACCUAGGACUCAUUUUUGAUUCUAAUUUGAACUGGAAACCGUACUUGCACGAAUUGAGCAAGAAGAUUUCAAGAGGUAUUGGGGUACUAUCUAAAAUUAGACAUUAUGUAAACGGAAACAUAUUACUUCAAUUAUAUUAUUCACUUAUUUACCCCUUCCUCACGUACGGUUUAUCAAUUUGGGGCAAUACUUAUAGUUCUACUCUCAGACCUUUGAUAAUUCUUCAAAAGAAAGCAACACGUAUUAUAACUUUUUCGGAACCAGGUGAUCACUCUGAGCCUCUUUUUAAGAAAUUAAACAUUCUUAAAUUAACUGAUCUUGUUACCCUUCACAAUGCACUCCUCAUGUAUAACUAUCACCAUAAUCUUCUUCCAUCUUCCUUUGAAAAUUUCUUUAAAACGGUAGCAUCCAUACACUCAUACAAUACCAGGCUUGCUUCUAAAUCAACCUAUUACCUCAAUACUAUCAAAACAAACUAUGGUAAAUUCAACUUUCGCUUCGCGGCUGUAAAAGUUUGGAAUAACCUUGAUGAAAGCAUCAAACACCUCCCCCUUAAAUCCUUUAAAAACAAAGUCAUGUCAAACAUCUUACAGUCUUACUGUUCGUGAGUCUUUUUUUUUUCCUUUUUCAUUUUUUUUCCUUUUAUCUAUUUACUAAUUCCUUGUUUUUUCUAGCUUUAGUGCCAACCUACCUCCUAUGCCUGAACAUUAUUUAGCUUUACUCAGCUCGAUUAGCUUUUUAGUUAUUCUGAGUAAAUGUUACCUUUUUUUGUAUUAAUAUAUUAUAUUGUAAAUUAAGUUAACUUUUAUUUGGUAAUAAAGCUUAUUUAUUUGGAAAUUAACUUUUACAGAAGGAGCUAAGAGAUGAACACGAGAGACAUACAGAGGAUGAACUGUCCAAACAAAGUGAGUAUAUUGACAAAACGAUACAUUUGUCACUCAGUUCAAGACAUUUAAUCUUUGCUCCGUGAAUGGUACAGUCACAUCUGCAUUAAGCGGACACCCUUGGGGAAUAGCCAACUGACCGCUCGAUAUAGGUUAACCGUUUUAAAUACAGGUUUGACAAACUAAAGAGUUGAUCAAGAAUAUAGAUGGUGGCGAAAAGGAGUAUUCAUAAUGCGACAAGUUGACCUCUAAGUUUUUCUACCUCGUCAUGUGCUUGAAGAAACAGAACACAGAAAACCAUUUUCAGGGUAUGUCUUUAUAUUGCACUUGUAACUCGACAAAGUGACCGUUUAAUAGUGGUGAAAAAAAUAUAAAAUAGCUUGUUGGGGCCACGGAAAGAGGUGACCGCGACCGCUUAAUACAAGUUUGACAGUAUUUGUCUUUUCUGCCUCAUAGUAGCACUUGGUGUUAGUCAUGAACUGAUAUACAUCUUGCUUGUGUUUAAAUUAAACAACCAUCCUUGUAAGUUGAAACAAUUAUUACUUUCGAUAAAGUUAUGUGGGAAGAAUUUUUGAAUGUAAAAAAGAUCAGCGCAGUUAUAAAUGCAAAUUUUCUUAUCGCCAAAUGAAAACCUGAAAAAAAUUCUGGUUUGUACGGGAGUACGUGUGGUUCAGCGUUCAAGCAAGCCAUCUAGAAGCUGUGUAUUUAGGUGCCGUUUAAAUUCGUGAAGGGAUAAAGGUGAAAUGAUGCAUGUAUGAACACCAUUAUAUCAAUACUGUGGGCGAGGAAUUACAAUGCAAAGAGGAUCAACGCAGAUCGUCGCGAAUUCAGAAGUUGCUUUUACACCUGUAUGACUGCGAUGAUGUUCUUUACAUUUAAUCAUCUUUCCCUGCUGCUCUGGUAGAAGAUUCUUUGUAGGUGGCUUGUUGGCUCAAUUGGUAGAGCGAUGCACCUGUAUCACAGAGGUCAAGAGCUCGAAUCCCGUAGAAGUUGGUCGUUUCGGAUCAUUCUGGGAAACUGCCCACCUGCCCCUCCCCUAAGCCAACAUUAUCACUUAUUUCUCAUCUGGGGUAAAAUGUUGGCUUAGGGGAGGGUUAGGUAAGGUGGGCAGUUUCUCAGAAAAGUUAGCCUGAAUUACUUCGAGUCGUUAAUACUCCCUCAGUAACGUCUGAAUCGACCGGCCGUUAAUGCCGCCCAGUGUCGUCACUACUCCUUGACCUUUGCUUUAAUUCAUGCAAAAACUAAAACACGAGUUUCAAGUGGCAAACCGAGAAAUAUCGUUUGGAAAUGUCUGCAUGAUACAGUACUGCUUUAUUUUUUUCCAUCGUAAUUCAUGUUUAACGUUCAAACUAUCAACUGCAUGCAGUACAACUCUGAACCGGUUGUACUAAAUAAACAAACUCGGUCGCAAUCACGCAAUGAAGUAAACACACCCUCUGAACACAGUUCAAAAACACAAUGAUUUGCUUUAAUUGAAAAGAAGCUAUUUGGUCCUUAACGAAGAAAACAAACAAGGAGACAAGAAAGAAAACUAACAGAAUCAUUACACCUUACGGUAAAAAUAGCAAGAAGGUCGAGUAAUUCAUAACAUUGACCUCAGAAAACUUCGCGUAAACAAAAUCACCGGCCGGCGAAACCACAAAGCGGCUCUAAAUGAAAAACCUACCGACUCUCUGCAAUGAUUCUUCAUUCGCAGUUCAAUUUAGCAUUUCAGUUUCGAGGACGUUUUCGGGUAGUGAGUGACGUCACUGGACGGCAUUAACGGCCGGUCGAUUCAGCCGUUGUUGAGGGGAGAAAACGACUCGAUGCAAUCGGAUGAAUUUCAGGCUACAGAAAAGUAUGAUGAUCCGAAAUAUUCUAAUGAAUUAAUUAACAAUUAAUGAAUGAGGCUGAAUAUCAUAUAAAGAAUUAUGGAGAUCGAGGAGGGUGUUAUCCGUCGAGGCCGUAGGCCGAGGCGGAUAAAACCCUCCGAGAUCUCCAUAAUUCUUUAUAUGAUACGAAAGCCGAAUUCAAUAAUUGUUUUAUUAUUCAUUCAAAAUACUUCCUGGUUUAAAAACAUCGCCAAACCAUGCUUCCCUCCAUCGAUGUUAAGUUCAUCUUCGAUAGUUUAGGUUCAAGGGUUGUUCAGCUCCGCAAAUAUUCUCCAAAUAGCAGAUGUCGCCCUUCGAGUUGUCUUUUUGCUGUUCUUGCCAUGUUUUUAGCGAUUAUUUCGCCUAGUUCUUACUCUUGAGACAAGUGAAUUUUUCCGCCAUUUUUGUUCUCACAACCAAAACAACUCAACCUCGUCCCCAGGUCUUCUCGGUUAACGGUGCAUUAACCUGCAAGAAGGCUGCACUGUUGGCGUCAUCGGUUCAUUAAACGCAAAAUUCUUCCAAAUGUGGUCAUCAGUAACUGGUUAUGGUGAAUUAUUAUUCAUUCAAAAUAUUUUCCCAAUUCUGAUUGGCUAAAAGCGCACGGAUAAUUCACCAUAAUCUGUUACUGAUGACCAAAUUUGGAAGAAUUUGUGCCUUCGGCCGCAGUGGAUAACCCCCUCCUCGACCUGCUUAAUUCUUCAUAUCCUAUUCAGCCUCAUUCAUUAAUUGCUAAUUAUGCGUGUGCUUUUAGCCAAUCAGAAUCGGGGAAAUAUUUUGAAUGAAUAAUAACUGUGGUUAUGUCACUAAUAGGAAGAGAGAUGCUCCACGACAAGAACAAAGAAAUAGAUGGGUUGAACAAAGAGUUUCAAAGGCAAAUACAAGUUUUGGUCGAAGAUCACAAGAAGGAAGUUGAUGUAAGUUGUUUUCAAAGACAAGAUAUCGUGUAUUUAGUUUACUUUAGCAAAGUUUCUACCAUUAACAAAAUUUCAAUUUGUACAACAAAUACCCCAUUAUGACUGUAGCUUUUGUUCUUGCAACACCUGUAAACUGCUCCCCAAAAAAGUUGUCGCCAGUUUAAAAUAGACACUACUUAAAAAUGGCAUUGAGCAAAAUAGGACGUUUAUCAUUGGACAAGAAAACCUUUAUUGCGAGCUACGCCAUUUAUUACAUGUAUCCCAGGCGUCGUGGACACCCUGAUGGCAAGGAUAGGCAAUGUAGAAAGAGUUCAGUGUGGCUUUGCAGAGUGUGGUAACUAUAGCCGCAUGCUAGAAUCCUAUAGACUAACUGAUUUCUUACAUUUUCUCCCAUCAGAACUUAAUGGAGAAGUUUGCUGAGUGCGUACAGGAUUCGGAACAACUCAAAUCAGCUCUGCUGGAGAUGCAGGUAUACAGUACGGAAAGUGGACCUUGUCAGUAAUGGAGUCCCAUGCAUUCAAUUACAACCUUUUUUUCCUGCGUAAGCCCUGUAAGCAUGAGCCAUUUAAUAGACCUACAAGGUCUUUAAGUUCUUAAAAGGAAACCUUCAUUUACUGGUUCACAAGGAACUUACCAAGCCUCAAAGCAAUGUGGUAAGCUAAAACAUACAAAGGCAACGAAGAAUUCUAAGCAUCUUCCGGGUAGACAAGGUUCUCCUUCGCGUCAACCUCUCCGAGGCUGUAGUACCACAAAGCUGAGUACAGAUAAAACUCCGUGUGAGCGGUAAUAUGGUGUCCUCACUUAGACAUAAAAUGAGGCGUGUGGGCUCAAGUGUACGUAACAUUACAUGCACUGUAAAUCGGAAAGAUCUGUUUUCGCCCCAAAGGGCCGUUCCGGUGAGUAAAAUACAGUCCUAUUUUUGAGUCUAAUUUGGCUCCCUUAAAUCUGGGCCAAUACAGUCCAAUUAGCUAGGGCUGAAAUGGGCCCUAGCGUGGACUGGAAUAGCCUUUUGAUUGAGCUUUUUUUGGCCUAAAUUGUGCUCAAAUGGCUCCAGGAAAGGGUGAAUCAGACUUUAGGCUGCAGGGCUGAAGUGACACUUUGGGGCUGAAACAGAUUUUUUUAAUUUUCAGUGUGGGAAAACCGGAAAUUCCGGUUGGGAAAUCAAAUGGUUCACGCUAUUUCGUUUGGGAAGCUUCAGAAAAUAUGCUUUUGUGAUUUGCGAUGAUGCAAUUAUUUUUUACUCCUUUCAGCCCACGGUCUGUUCAGCUGAUUUGGGCAUACUUUGUAGCCGUUUGUUCUCCCCCACCUCGACAAAUUUUAUAUCAUUUAAGAGUGAAUUGGAGAAAAUUGAUACCCUUGGAACGCGUGUGAAGCAAGCUAAUGCUUUUCGUGAUUGAUGUUUACAGACGUUAAAGCAGAAGAAACAAGAACUUCAAGAAAAGCUCAAAACCAAUAAAGAAAUUCUUAGAAAGACGCAAAUGGAGCUUGAAGACAAGGUAAGAUAUUGAGGACGAAAAUAUUGCCAAAAAUAAAAGACAACACUCGCUAAUUAAGUCCUUUUCGUUUUUUUUUUUUUUUAACGCAAACGUUAAAAAAAAUUUUUGUGUGAGCUGGAAUUGGCAAAAACCCAACACUUAAUAUGUCCCUUGAAAAUUUGAUGUUGAGCGAUCUGGUUUUGUUUUUCUUUACUCUGUUAACAGUCAGCAAACGAUCUGAGUUAAAACUGGUUUUGAUUUUGACCGCUAGCUUUAAUAAAGCAUCCUGUCCAGAGAAAACUGGUUCCAAUCCCGCUCAGCUGGUCUAAUCCUGGGUAAACGGUACACACAACACGGAACAUAUGGGUUCAUAUGACGUUCUCUUUGAACAGCUCGGCCUAAACUUAUAAUGAUGUAAGCAUAUAACAGUGAUCAGUGGCUGUCGUCUCUUUACAGAAAAUCAAGUUGGCUGCUUUUGAAGAACACUUUGAAGCGAAGGUCUGUUAUGUUUUAUUUGUUGUGUAUGUGAAUUAUACAUGGUGUCUCUUAAGACUAGGAGCUGUUCAACGCUUUUUAGUUUUAGUCGAGCUAGGCUAGGCAGGGCUGGAGGGAUCAAGAGAACACUCAGGGAGGGGGACUGGGGAAGGACGGGAAGAAAACUGACCAUCCCUCUCUUCCCACCUGCUGCCCCGUGAAUAUUUCACUUGUUCGUAACAUGCUUGCUCGUACUACGCCUUCAGGGAAACACUACCAGUAAUCUCGUGUCUUUGGAAUCUUAUGGAACACUAGUAUUAAAAAAUCAAAAAACUCCUCUACGAACGUGAUGUUCAAGAGGUGUAUUACUGUCCGCAAGACUUUCUUCCCCGAAACGGUAUAGACCUCUUUCAUAAUGGCGGCCUAUUGAUAUAUACUUUUAUACGUAUGAUAGUUAGCCCUUCUGGCCUCGUUUGAACGUAAGAAGUCUUUUGUAUUUUGCAUAUGCUAACGAGGUCAGAAAGGCUAAUUAUCAUACCUACAAAAGAAUGUAUUCAUAGGCCGGCAUUAUUAAAGAGAUCCAUUUACUAAGUUUGAAAACAUGUAACUGAAUUGCGACUUAAACAUAUUUUAAACUUACUGAUUCAUUUUAUGAAUUUCAUUUUAAUGCAGGUGGAAGAAGUUGACAACAGAUAUUCCAUGAGAAUGCAAGGCCUAAUGUCAGAUAAUACCGACUUGAGGUAAAUACCAGCGACUAGUAAAAGUAUUGUUACUGUUUUUGAUGAUUUGAGGGGCCUUUUUUAUUAUUUGUAGCACGAAAGUGCUACUUGAGGACAUCCAGCGCCCUAUCUUAGUCGCGGUUAAAGAGUGAAGAAAGUGUGAAAUACACAUAAACUAUGAAUUUUAAAUAUGGAAAGUGCCUCGAAACUAACCACCUCGCGACAAGAAAUUGAUGCAGAUAUUCAUUGCUUAACUAGUGGUUCUUCUGUAGGUUGUACCUCGGUGUUUUGGUGACAUUUAAAGGUUUUAUGGCAACAUUACAUUACUUUGCAUCGUCAAUAUCAUUUAUUGUCAUCAUCAUCAUCAUCAUCAUCAUCAUCGUCUUCAUCAUUAUCACCGUAGCCAUCGUCUUCACCAUGGUCAUCAUCAUACUCAACCGUUUCGCCUACGAGUCGUUUCGCCAACGUCCUGUUCGCUAACUUCUGAAGUCGUUUGGCGCACGUGUUGGGUCAGUUCCCUAACUGCUUUCACCUGAUCAGUGGCUGAAAGGACGAAGUAUACAUAUGCGUGGUGCACUUUUUUGUAUCAUGGCUGAGAGGUCGAAGUAUACGCAUGCGCGGCGCUCUUUUCGCUUCUUACCGGAACGACAUAACACGAUAGCGAAUGGGACGUUGGCAAAACGACCUGUCACCCUUUAAAUCAUCUGGCCGUCGCCAUCUUGGUUGCCUCAGUUCCCUGCCAUCUGGCAUCAUCGUCAUCGUCAUCGUCAUCAUCCUCACUUUCUAUCAUCGUCGUCGUUGUCAUUAUAAUCAUCACCGUCAUCUGAUCAUCAUUAUUAUUAGCACUAUCAUCAUCGUCAUCACUUUUGUUGCUACUCCAAUCAGUGUCAGUCCUUAGUAGCCUACACUUAAUAUGUGUUAAUGUUUUCAACUCAGGCGUCAUUACAUCAAGAAAUGUGAACAGUUCUUUAAACUCAAAACAGAUCAAGACGCAGAACAGGUAAGUUUCUUUACAAUGACUAUCAAUGUUACUUAUAGUUAAAUUACAAAGUACUUUUUGUUUUCUUGUGUAAUAGGAAAGCGCUAUCCGCACAGCCAAAGAUACACUCCAGGUAAAAACAAUACGCAAUUCCUUUACAACUUUAUAAUUACCUUAAGAUACCAUCUUCUGCUUAAGGGUACAGCUAGGGGAAUAUGUUUGCCAUCUGUUCACGUUAAAAGGAGACCACGAUUCUCCAGAUUCAGUUAAGGGUACAGCUAGGGGAAUAUGUUUGCCAUCUGUUCACGUUAAAAGGAGACCACGAUUCUCCAGAUUCAGUUAUGGCUUCAUCACUAUUCCCGAUAGGUAAAAGGUGUCUACCCGUACUUACCGGGUGGCAAGUAAGGUCAUAACAAGUGGCUGGGGUAAUGGCACACUAAUCACGAUGGCCAAAACCUAAAUUGCUAACAUUUCUUUCAAAUUUUAAAACGUCACUCUGCAAGCAAGGCAUGGACGUUAAUUUUCAGAUUUUAAGGGUACAUGAGUGGCCUAAAUUUAAGCUUCCAAAUCUGGUCGUAAGUUAUUUUUCGCUUUUUUGUCAAACAGGCUGUUAUUCUAGCUCGAACAAGGUGUGACGUCAGUCUAACAGCCCUUCGAAACGAAAACCCAGAUUUGCCUAAACAAGAACCAAACACGCGUGAAAAACGACCGUUGAGCGCUCCAUCAACUCGAGAAGAAAUAUCUACAGCUGUGAGAUUAACUACCCCAGUUAGCGAUAACAAAACGCCAACGAAUCAGCCGAAAAUGUCCAAGUAUAAGUCGGAGGUUAACAAACCAAGACCCCACACGUCUCACCACGCUACCAUGUACAGUCCCAGGACCCUAAAUACGAGCGCGCGCUCUAACGGUCGAGAGAACCUGGUGCCAACUCCUGUGAACAUUUCAAAUCAAGGAAUACAAAAUCUGCGGACUCAGAGAGAAUUUUUAAGUUAAAUUUUUAUUUUUUGUUUAGGUAACAUAUUUAUUUAUAUUUAUUGUACGUGGGGCCCAUUUUUGGUGUAAAAUAUCUUGCUUAAUAAAUUUCACCAUUGCGUGUUUUAACGAGUUCUUAAAUUUCUGCUC